AUGGCAGGAGAGAGCCAGCUCAAACACGCUGUCAAACAACUGGACUCCGAGUCCACACUGAGGGAUGAGAGGCCGGCGCUCGACUCACACAAAGACAAAACCGCAAAGGAUUUUCCUCACAGCAGCACUGAGGCCAGAGCCAAAGAGAAAGAGAGGGACGUGACGCAGCAGAGAGAGGCUGUGAUCAGACCCCAACAGGCCGGGAAGAUCGACUUCAGCUCUCUCCAGAACAGAAACAAGUUCUCCUCGGACAGAACCUGGCCCGGCGCCAAAGCCAGUCCCCAGUCCCCGAGCGGAAAAGGACGCAGCCGAGAAAAGGCCAGGAGGACGGGCAAGUCCGAGCGGGGCAGUCCGCAGCAGCUGUACAGACUGAGCAUCACUCACCCGCGCGCCAACCCCACCAUCGGCAUCGCCUACCCGCAGCAGAAGGUUUCCCCGCCCAAGAAGCUGGAGACCAGCCGCCCCGUGACGGGCAGCUACCGCUUCCACGUCCCCAGUUUACCCGAGCGAGAGGCGGAGCUCCAGCAGGACGAGCUCAGCUACAGCCGCUGCUUCCAGGAGAGCUCCCAGAACUAUACCUCACAGCCCCCUGCCCACGCGCCCGCCGCCCACGCGCCCGCCGCCCACACGCCGCCCGCUCACCCGCCGCCCGCCUCUAUGGAAAACAGCGGUGCCACCGCGGGCACUCAGCUCCUUUUGAAUGACUUUCAGAUGAGUGGAUCUAACACGUGGCAGUCUUCAGACAGAACUUUCUCUGGUGCUAACUUUGGACAGAAGUCCGCUCCCCUCAGCGACAGUAAACCCAGCGCCUUUGUGUCCGGCCCGUUCCAGUUUGGGUACCACAUGCUGGAGGAGUCUGCCUCUGACGCUUUCUGUGAACAAAGUGCUGGAUCCCAGGACUUCACAGACUCUCUGGGCACUGCCCACGUCUCUCACUCUUUCCCCUUCGGCUCUGGGCCUGGGCAGACCGUGAGCCAGAGCAGCACACAGUUCAAUAAUGAGCCGGCGUUUGCCCCCGCGGCGGGCACCUCCGCGCAGUGCCCCAGUCUGAGCGAGGACUCUGCCAGCAGCGACAGCUCCGGCUCCAGCUCGCAGCAGUCGGAGCAGGGCAAAGCUGGCAUCCCCGAGGGCAAAGAGGCUGGUGGGCAGACGGACGCGUCAGGGAGUAAGAGGAACUGUCACUCUAAAGACUCUGCAGCCAAUCAGAGGACACUACAGGGAAGUGUGCACUACGCAAGAAGCCUUCCACAAGGCCCCGGGACUCAAAUACACUUUCCAAACAAAAAAAUGAACUCUACCCCCUCACUCAGCAGCGGCGUGCACCGCGGCGCCGUCAGCUUCGACAAAAACAUGAAUAAUAAGAUUGUAAACAGAUUACCGCACAACUGGGACGGAAACAACAAAACAUAUCAGUCUAACGAGCAGAACAACCAGUACAACGACAUGAAUGACAAGUUUCAGUUCCAGAAUCAAACUGUUCACGACCAAAGAUCAAACUCGUCUAAAAACAGCCGGAUGCCCUGGCAGCAGAUACGGCCGAACACUGCCAUGCACAACCAGAACCGGAUAGAGUUAUCUCGGCAGAAGCUGUCGUACAUGGUGUCCCCGUCAGACUGGCAGGAGGAGAAUAAGUCACACAAACAGAAAAACUCCAGCACAUUUCAGAACGGGAGGCAAGACCCCAUCAAACACGGCUCCGGCGCCGUCUCCACGUUUAAAGUGGAAAUGAGCCACACACAAGUCUGCGAGUCUAAAAAUAAGACCGUGUACUUCGGCCUGAACCAGCCCCUCACCACGGCGUCGUCCAGAAACUACAGCUACCCCCCCCCUCAGGUGCCGCCCAUGGGACUCAUGAUGGUGUCGCCGUACGAGUCGCCCCUGCCCUCGCCCGUCCACAACCCCGCCUCCAGCAGCACCUGCUCGUCCCUGUCGCCCGCCUCCACCAGCCCGGUUAACUUCAGCUCCGAGGAGAGUCAGCUGUCCAAACCCGCCCCGCCUCACCCCUUUUACCAUCCCGCUCCCGCCAAGAGCUCCGAUCACCUCGCCUCCCACCCCCACGCCUUCCACGCCGACAGGGCCCUGCCGUACGCCGCCGACAGGAGCAAAGACGACAUGAUGGGGUAUUUACACAACAGCGUGCACAAUAAAAACAGCAUGGACGUAAACAAAACGUACAUAGACAGUUUCGGAGUGGAGCAUCACCAGCCUCCCCCUCCUUACUCCGCGCACCAGUUGGCCACCUCCCUCGCCACCGCCAAUCUGGACCAGUUAGACGUGCUCCUCACAUGCAAACAGUGUGAUCAGAAUUUCAACAACUUGGCUUCCUUCCUGGGCCACAAGCAGUACUGCUCCCAGCACGCAUUUGCACAGAACGAGCUGAAGGAGAUGUCAAAAAUGGAUGAGGGUAAAAAGUUUAAUAACGAACCGGCGAAAAAUGCUCCCGCGUGUUCGAAUCUGUCUCUGCCCCGCUGCCCGUCCGAGCUCCACCUGUCUCUCCUGGGGUUGAAUAAAAACGGGGAGCUGAUUCCAGACAGCGACGCCAAAGGAGAAAACAAGGACGAUUCCAUGAAGCUGAAUUUGUUUACUGGCUCUGGGGCUCUCCCUGUGCCUCUGCCCGAGCUGGAGAUGGAGGACGCCAAAUUAGACAGUUUAAUUACGGAGGCUUUGAACGGAAUGGGCUAUCAGUCUGACAACGCCGAAAUCGACAGUAGCUUUAUUGACGCGUUUGGAGACGAUGAGCUAAACAAUGUCAAAACAACAUCGACUAAACAAUCUUUGAAAACAAAAGAGUGCGAGAAGAAAAGUAAACCGAAAGAAGAAUCAGACAGAUCUUUUACACAGGGAAAGUAUUUUUACGACUCAGACGAGGAAAGCCCUGACAGUGAGAAGCAGUACGCGGAAUGCAAAUUGGAAAAAAUCUCUUUGAAUUUAGAACAAGAUGAGAAAAUUAACAUUAAAAAAGAACUUUCUCAUAAAAAUUCAAGAGGCGCCUCGAGGGAGAAGGCACGGGAACAGGAUGGCAAAGCGAAAGAGACGCGAAAACUCUGCAAAAGUGAGGACAAAAAUACUCAGAGGCUCGUGUUAUCCAGCAAAUUCUCUGAGCGCUGCGAGCUAAAGGGCUUCCAAGAAAAUGGGCCCGUCCCCUCCUCGCAGGCCUCUCUGUCCCCGACCUCCAAACCCACCGUGAAGGAGACCAAACGGAAAAACAGCGCCGGAGGAUCCUGGAGCAAAGAACUGAUUCAUAAAAUAGUGCAACAGAAAAAUAAACUGCACAAACUCCACGUCAAAGGCACUAAAAAUCUGCAGUUUUCUUUAGUGAUGGAGAGACUCACGCCCACUGUACAGAACCCAGCGUUCGGGGAGUAUGACUACGUGUCUGAUUCUGACGAAGAAUGUGAACCGGUGAAGAUCGCGAGCCAAGGAAGGUUGAACCAAAGCAGUCGGUGCAAAUACACUUAUACGAAAGAGUGCAAAUGGCGAGCGAGGAGCGACAGGGACCAGGCGGCGUGGAGGCACGAGUCCAAAGAGUGUUUCGAGGUGAAAAAGAGCGAGGAGCUGUCGUUGUUUCCCGAAAAACCUAAAUUAAAGAGAAGAAGCAGCAGGUCGUCCACAAGCAGCGACCUCAGCACCUCUGUGAGCGACGGGACCAGCAGCCCCAAAAGCACCGACCGCACCGACUCGGACUGUGAAAAGAAGAUGGAGGUGAAAAAGAAAGAGCCGGCGGAGCAUCGGACGUACGAGAGGUCUUCCCCGUACAAGCUGUGCAAAGAAUCAAGCAAACUCGCCCUGACAUUCACCAAGUCGGUCAAGAAAUACAACUCCGAGAAAGCUGUCGUUGCGGAGAAGAAAGAGACGGCGGAGAGCCCGAAGAAAUGUCAAUCACAAGUUUCUGAUUCGCCGAAAGCAGCGGCAGACGCAACAAAAAGUGUGGAAAAGCGGAAAAGCUCUCCGUCGAAAACAAAAGACAAGCUCCCCAGCAAAGAAUCACAAAACGCUGUGGGUAAAAAUAGCCAAAAUGGAAGCGGCGCCGGCGAGGAGCAACAACAAUGUAAAAAGCCACUACACAGCGAUAGCCAAUCUGUGAGCGUUCACAAAAAGGCCAAUUCCAGCGCAGACAGAGGGAGCGGGAAAGGAGGGGCGCCCGGUGCCGGUGUCCCCCAGUCUGAUCUGUCCGCUCCGUUUGAAAAACAGAAUGACAGCGCACUGAAAGAGUCCAUUACUUUAGUCAAUGACCUAGACACACACAAGGCCCCGUCCCUUUGUAGCUCGCUGAUGGAUGGCGUGUGUCUGUCCCCGUCUGAACCGCAGGACCCUCUCAUUCAAAAAGACACUCUUCACCUGAUGCCCUACAGCCUGGAGCCCGAGCAGGCCCUCAUCAAGUCCCCGCUCUCCUUUGACACCUCGUCGAUGUUUGGGGAACUGGCCGGGUUUGACAGCGGGAUUUACUCGGACAUGCCCAUGCAGAAGGAGGCGUUCCACACUAUCGAAAACGCCGCGGCCAAAAAGGAAGCGUUCGUCUCGUCUUUCUCGCCGUUCCUGGAGCAGAGAGAUUGGAGCAUGAUUGUGAGCCCAGUGCUACCGGACGAGAUCUCACAGUAUAAAGCGGAAAAAUCAGAGAAGAAACCAGAUUACAAUCACGUCUCCCUGUCUCUGCCGGAGAAGAUUAUGGACUACGGCGCCAACCUGAACAACUGUGUGUCAGACGAUGAGCUGGAGAUAAAGAGAAUAGUGAAUGAGCUCGAAAAUCAGCUGCAGACGACGAAGUUGGAAAGCCCUCCUCUCCUUGUGCAAGACUCCCCCAAGCCUCUCCAGAUGAGCAAAUUUUCACCACUGCGUCUCACAGAUGAGAGCGAAAAUGACAGUUCCAGUUUGGACAUGAGCUGCCCAGUGGAGGCCAUAAACGCUCCCAUCGCCAAUCUGCCCAGCGAGCACUACGCCGAGUCCGCCCUCCCCUGGUCCAGUCCGUUCCAGUUCGGGCUCAUCGAGGGACACGCCGGCCCCCCCUCUCCGCUCCGGAGUGAAGCAGUGGCCCUUGAGCCUCUCGCGGAGAAACAGAACAAUGGGCUGAGUUUAAUUACAACCGAGGAGGCCAAGGUGGAGAGAGACGCGUCGGCGGAAACAAAAGAGGAAGCGCUGGAGCAGAGGAGGUACGCCGAAAACCUCAUGAAAAGCCUGGAGGUGAUUUCUGAUUCUAUAUUCAAAGAAGAGGCUAUUAUGACAGAACAGAAAGAACCCAGCGCCACUUCUCUUGUGAGUCAACAGCACCAAGAAAUUGAAUGUCAGGCGAGCGACGCGUUUGAGACACAGGAUCAGAGUGAAAAGGAAGCAAUUACCAGUCAGGAGAAUACAUUAUCGCCUCCAAGUAUCAAUGAGCGGAAGGAGCAGAUAGAAUUCAUUUUGAACGCGCCGCACUCGUCUCUCUCCGAAAGCGGUGACCCCGGCGUCUGCGGAAUCGAGCCAAUUUCAUCUGAAAACAGCGGGGAGGAGGCGGGAGACGGAGCGCUGUCAGGGGGGGAGGGUCUCGGUGGAAACGGUGAUUCUAUCGAGUCUGAUGAAGGCCCCCGAGACGUGACCCCUGACCCCCGUGCGCUGGAGGAGGCCCCGGGGAGCGGCGCUACAGAGCAGAGCCAACAGUUAUUAAAAAACACUUGUGUCAGUCCGGAACGUUUAAGCAUGAGACACGAGGACGCGGAGGCCGUGAAGGGGAUCAUCGGUCAGUGUGAUAAUCCGCUCUCACCGGCUCUGCUCGACGUGUCUCUGCACACGGAUGAGAAAGAUGAAUCUGUCACGCAGAUAUUGAUCGAGCAGUCCAACGUUGAAGAUACAAUUUCAGCUCAUAUCGAAAUGAAUAAUAAUGAGUUUUCGCAGUGUGUGACAAAAGAUAACUUUUCUAAUCUGGGAGGAGACAUGUCUUUAGAGCUGAUCACCACAUACAAACCCUGCAGCCCCAUUCUCGCCGAAACAAAUGAGGAAACCAUCGAUCCGAGCUCACCUUUCCCCAGCGCUCAGACCUCAGACACAGACAAUCUGUUAAUCCUGUCGUCCUCACAGAGCCUGAUGGAUGCAGACUGCACCAAAGACCCUUUUACCGACCCUUUACAGCCCCACCCUUUACAGCACGACGCGCAGCUCAGGUUCGACAGCAUCCACAAGCAGGAGAUUCUCACCGUCAAAGAGCAGCUGCCUGUGGAUUUCAUGGCCAGCAGACAGAACUCCCCAUGCAGAGAGAUGGAAGACAGUCCCUGUCUGUUUAUGCAUGUGACUCAGCCAAGCAUGUCCCUCCUGACCCCCUCAGAGCAGCCUCACGUAACACACUGUGACAAUGGAGAGGAUGCGCCGGCCAGCAGCGGCGAUCAGUCUGUGCAGAUGAAAUCACCUCUGGACAAAGAUGACCAUCACAACGAGCUGUUAGCAGCGGCCGAGAUGGAGUAUUCUAAGAUAAGCCCUCCUCGCUCCGACCUGGGGGAUAUUAUCGAGUGUAAAAUCUCCAAAGCCAGCGCCCCCUCUCCUCUCUCCAUCACAGGCCCGGAGGAAUCUGAAGCACCAGAACGCGCGGAAAAGACAAAUCCAAUGUACGAUCUGAAGCUGAGCCCGCUAAACUACAGCAGCAGAUCAGACGAGCCUCCCAAGCUCCAUCAAUACGAUUAUAUUCCAAUCUCACCCGAGCACCCGUCUGAGGAUAACGGCGACCAAAGGGGACACAAAGAGCUGAACAAUAAUUCUACACACAGUUUCAAUAACACACCAGACCUGACCCCAGAGCUGACUUCAUCCCGCGACCCGGUGCCAAUUAAUGAAGCCGAGCGACUCACAUGUUUUUCAUUGCAUGUCCCUUCUCAGAGCAUUUCUUUGGCUUCUGAACUAAAAAAUCAUUUGGAGGAUUGCCACAGUGGAGCUGAAAGUAUAAUGACAGAAACAGAGAAAGCAAACUCCAACCGCAUAUCUACUGAUGACAACACACUUUUGCAAAACAUUUCAGAUGGUCCGCCCACGCCAAAGAUCAUCUGUGAAAACGAAAUUCAGCCUCUCCCGGAACCGUCCGACCGGCAACUACUAACAAUAGAGCCUGGCCAGGGUUCAGCGGCUCACAAGCAAGAGAUGGCGAAGAAGGCGCAGAGUUCCCAGCAGGGGAAGGUUGUGUGUGAAAUCUGCUUCAUGUGCUUCAGGACUGUACCAGGGUUAAAAAGGCAUAAGGCUAUGAAGCAUUCAGUAAGAGCAGAAAAACAGGCUGGUAUUCAAAACAUAUCAAGCAGCCAGCCAGAAACUCUCCUUGUCCUUGACCCUACAGCGACCACGCAUAAAGAUGAUUCACAUACAAUCUUGGAUGUAAUUACAGAGACUAUUGAUAUGCCUAAAGCUGCAGAAACCGGUCUGGAAGAAAUACAAAAUGAGACGAUUAAAGUGGACGAAACAGGCCCGCAGAUGCCGAAAUUAAAGAAGAGCGGCAAAGCUAAAAGGAGUAAAAACGCAGAGGUAAACACGGCGGUGGAACCUUUCUCCGAUCAGCUCCUAAAUAUAUUAAAGACGAACAUACUGCAAGCGAUUACUCCUGAAUUUCAAAACAACGCGUUGAAAGAGCGGGCGAAAUCACCAGAGACUCGAGAGCAAGCGGCGAGUCAAAUAGAGGAAUUCUCAGAGCGUGUUACAGAAAAUUUUACAUCUCAAACAGAUAUGAAAGAGACGGAAAUCCUAAACCAAACCGCAGAUUGUAACAAGGUCGAGAAUGUGAUCGUGAGCGCGGAUAAAACCGUGGAGGGUCCUUCGUGUGUGAACAGUGAUGCAGUUGGACAAAGUGCGGAGAGUAACUCAGACGGAGCAGAGAAGCCAGAGAUCUGCGAAAAUGCUUCAGUGGAAAUCAAAAGCGAGAACAACAGUGAGCUAAACGACAGCCAUGCUCCACCCGGCGGCCCCCCUCUGAAGCCGCAAGACCUAAGCCCGGAUCUGAAAGCCAUAUUCGACGACGACAACUCGUUCUCGCAGCUUUUUCCAAGAGACGAAGAAGCGAAGAGGAAAAAAUGCCCGCGGGUUUACACCAAACGAAACAAAAAGCACAAAACUGACCAAACUGUCAGCAACGUGGAGCCGUUCACUGAAGUCCAAGCGGAGCAGACGGCGCCCGCGUUCCCUGAAAAACAAACACUCACUUGUCAGUACGAGACCAUCUCUAUCGACGACGCCAUUAUGCUAAACAUGUGUCACAACAGCGGCCUCAAGGACCCGGAAAACAUGCCGAAUCAAGCCGAGAACGUUCAAGAGACUGAAAGUAGACUCUUGAACGGCCUCGAGAGCACCAUCGAUAAGUCCUUAUUAAAUUUCAGCGGAUUACGCGCCAACUCGGCCGUGACCUCUGAUCCCGGCGCUUGUAAAACAGAAGAGGAACUAACGAGCCCGUUUCCGCCUCCGCCUCUGCCUCCGCUCUCCGCCGACCCCACAGAACCGAGAGCAGAAAGCAUUCAAAACCUGCACAGCAUCGACAUUCAGAAUAUUAACACAACAUUCCAGCUGCCGGAUAUACAGUUCUUCGAUUCUAAUAAAGACAUGACGCUCGCUCCGCCGAUUGAAGCGGCAGAAGUCGAGAAAAAGGAGCAAGAUAAAACCGGCAAACACCAAGAACGCCGAGGUCGCAAGAGACAAGACGGCGGAAUGAAAGUCAAAGACAAACAGUACAAGUGCAAAGUGUGUUUCAGCUGGUUUCUAACGCUGGGCGAGUUAAACUUCCACAAACUUUCCCACAACCCGUCGCCUCCCCCCACCUGCUACAUGUGCGUCCAGAGAAAGUUCAGUUCCAGGGAGCAGCUUCGUGAUCACCUGUGGGAGAAACACGCCAAAAACAAGAGCGGGAUCUGGACCUGCGGGAUGUGCUUGAAGGAGAUUUCCGACGUGUGGAUGUACAACGAGCAUUUACGAGAACACGCCACCCAGUUCGCCCGGCGGGGUCAAACGCAGGGCUCCAUGCUUGGUAUAACCGGCAUCAUGCAAGAGACGGCGGUGAAGAAUUUUAUUACCUCGAUUAUGCAGCAUCGGCCCAGCAAAGUGAGCAGAGAGACCAGCAAAACGCAGAAAGAGCAGGAUAAAAAUGGCGCGUCUGAGAGCGUGACGGAGGAGAAAGUUCAGAAGGUUAAAAGCGGGAGUGUGUCCAGCGGGAGGCCCGGGAUUUUGACUCCGCUCGAGGUGCUGCAUAAAGUGGACACGCCGAAAAACGUGGAGAUCCAUCCCAACUGCAAAGACCCGUCCAGAGACUGUCACCACUGUGGAAAACAGUUCCCCAAGCCCUUCAAACUGCAGAGACAUUUAGUGGUGCAUAAUUUAGAGAAGAUCUUCCUCUGUCACAAGUGCCCGGUUUCGUAUCAGGAAGCGCAGGAGCUGAAGGAGCACCUGCGACGAGAGCACGAGGACGCGGACGAGCUGGAUUCAAAGCACACCACGCUCUACACCUGUGAGCUCUGUGCAGACGUCAUGCACGUGAUCAAAAAGUCCUUCAUCUGCAGCACUUGUAAUUACACUUUCUCCAAAAAAGAGCAGUGACACAUGGAGAAGCAUCUGCUGGGGGGAAACAAAAUCUUUAAAUUCAGAGGAGUUCUGAGGCCUGUCAAAGCUUCCAUCACGGAAGACGAGGACUGUGACUCUCCCGCGACUAAAAAGCGGAGACUUCUUUCUGACAGUUUGCCUGAAAACAGCUCAGACAGCGGGAUCGCCAGCGUCAGCCCCCUGCACCAAAACUCUGAAACUCAACCUUCGAAAUCCUGCGUGUCUAUGGCUGACGAUUCCACUCAGACAACCGUGAACGAGUACAACGACGGCGCCGGGAAUAACGUCAAGACAGAAGACGUGGCAGAGGACUACUCGGAGCUGCUAAUCGAGCUGGAGAAAUGUAUUCACAUGAGCAACGCCGAUCUGCCCAAAGUGGAAAUUGAACCAGCGCUUUCGCCUAAUCCUGAUGAAGAGGGUAAUGGAAAAUUGAUUAGUGAAGCGUGUGAUGUGAAAGAGGAGAAUGAGUCUGUGUGCAUCAGAGCAGCGCCCAAAGAAGGUGAAACAGAAGCGGAGAUUGUCAACGCGAAAGGUGAUGAAUUAUCCGGCAGCGGAGAGAAAGAAGAGAUCCCUGCGGUUUCUAGCGUCAAAGAAAAUGUCACAAAUUCAAAAAGGCACGAGCCAAAAGCGCAGUUACCGACCGGCGUAACAGAGCAACAAAAGGACGAGGAGCAGAGGCAGCAAGGGUCAAAAUCCUCAAACGGCGAAACUAAAAAACUGGAGAAAGACAAAGUGAAAGCAGCAGAUCACUCCAAAUCGACAAAUGUGACGCAAACCAGAGUCUCGAAUGUUCAAAACGAAGACAAAGAACCUCCGAAACUGCAGAAAAAGCGGAAAGACGUGAAGUCGUGUCACAGCUCGCAAAAGAUCCCCUCGCCAGUCACGCAGGAAAACUUCGACGUGGAGCAGGCCAAGAAGAAGUUCCGGCCCGGGAAAUCCGUGACGACGCAAAGGAAAUCGGACGGGCCCAACGAUUACCCGGUGCUCGCCUCCGUGCACGGCGAUAUCGGGAGCAACAAGAUCAUCGCCAAAUGCAAGACUCCCAACCUGCAGUCCAAGAAAAGUUUACUUGAAAGCUGCGUACCAAAGAAAAGCGACGUCGUGACUUCGCUGAACGGAGAAUACAAAGCCAAAAAGGGAAACUUGGGCAUGGGGCGACCUCUGCAUCCGCCCAUCUCCAAGGUGCCGAUGAACAACUCUUUCAACAAACCGAAGACGAAGAUGGGGGUGAGGGCGAUGGACGCUCACUCGUAUCGCACGGCUGAGUCGCAGAACCACCUCCUGAGCCAGCUCUUCGGCCAGAAACUCACCAGCUUCAAGAUCCCGUUACGAAAGGACACAUCUGAAUCCAUAAAUUAACGUUAAAAUUAUGGCGAAUGUGUGAAAACGGACUCCGAAAGUGGCUGUUGACCUUCGGCGGCCGGUGGGGAAAGAGAUCGCGCGGCUUCUUCUGUGAAACGAUAUCUUUAAACACUUAACGUAGUCACUUUAUGUCUUCUUUAUGUUUUCUAUUAAACAAAUGUGAGGACUAAUAAUAGAGCAAAUGAAUAUGAUAGUGGGAAAACCAUUACCGCUUUUUCAUUGUCAAUAGAACGGCUUAUAGAGAUUAUAUUACAUAAAGGGAAGUUAAAAAAAAAAUACUUGAAAAGAAAAGUCAAAUAUUGUCUGUUUUAAAAGAUGCAUGUUCAUUUUGCAUUUUUGUGUUUUUAAUAACUGUCAAAAACCCACCAGGAGGACUUCACGGUUGACCCGGGCCGGUAGUCUGCGCACCCUUUCAUAAACAUAACCCUACUAUACUGUCAAAUUUUUACUGUAUUGCAUUGACAUUCUUCAUAUUAUCGACAAUACCUGGUGCUAUGUUGUGUUUUAAUGUGAAUGCCAAUGUUCUCGGAAGGGAAAACUUCUGUAGCAGUUACAGUACUACACAAUCUGUCUGUUUUUUUUUUUUACUGGUUUUCUGUAGACAAUCGAAAAUACUGUGCUACCGACACUCCUCUGUAUGUAGGCUGGUACAUCUCGCCCGGUGUCCUAUCAUGUAAUCUCAGGUGCAUAUGAGGACACGCCAUUCCAAAGACCUGUAUUUGUGCACUGAAACCACGAAACCGCAAUCACAACCAACUCAGAUCUGUCUGUACAACCCAGUGUUUAUUCUAGAGUAUUCACGACGCCCAAAGGUGCUUUUUGUUUAUACUUGUUUAUACCUUUUUGUAUUAUAUUGUAGCUAUAGAGAGUCGUUGGUGUAAUGCUUCGUGACAAAGUUUUAUUUUAAUAACGUGCAAAUGAGUACGAAGAGAAAGGAGAGUGAGGUGCCCCUUGCCGAUUGUUAAGUGGUCCACUAAGUGCCUUUAUUGUUGUUAUUAAAGAUCUGUAUUUGC